AUGAACUCCAGAAUCCAACCCAAAAGGAAGGCCGCGGAAAACGCAGAUCACUUCGACGUCCGACUUCACAAAGUGGCCGCGCUGAGCGCGGCCAAUGACGGUAUCAAAGGAGAAGAAGAAGAUGACGAUGAAGACUGGGAGGGUACGACCGCGAAACAUGGCCACGACCUACAAGAUGAGACCCCCGCAGACGCCAGCGCCGACAUCAAUGUCAUCGACAUACGCCCCACAACCUUCACUGUACCAAAGAUGAGGAUAGGUGCAUGGGUUAUCGACAUUUUUGGGAAGGAGGAAUGGCGGCCCCUUGGCGACCUUGGAUUGGGUGGCAGUAUCCAUGCAAGAUUCCUGACGGACUUUGCUUUCAACCGACCCAAGCGUGCGGCAUAUGGAGCGAUGGCUAGGAACGCAGCACGCUAUAAAACCGAGGGUAAAUGCGUCAACAUCGCCAUCUGGCAGAGGGGGUGUGCUCACUCUGCUUUCGAGAAGGCUCAUGGAAACGAGCAUAGGGCUUGCGACACCUGCAUUCGCACAAAGCGCCUAUGUGUACGAGUCGUAGCUGAUGGUUCCGGUACAAAGCUCUGCGUCUUCCCGCUACCUGAAGUGCUCCGUGAAGGCAAGACGCUGAAUUCCAUUGCUGUUUGGGUCAUGGGAGGAUAA